GGGAAUAAGAAAUAGAAAAUAUAAACAAACAUCGCGUGCCCACCAUCAAGCAGUUAGCUGUUUACACAACUGCUUCAAGAUGACAUCAUACCAUUCUAAGAGAAAACGUUUGCCAGAAGAAGAUUCUUCACGUUCGAAAAGAUCUUUCAAAGAUCUCAUAAGGUCUCGUAACCAUGGUGACAGGUGCCUGUCAGGGGAUAGCCGAGAAGUUCUUCAUCAAGCUGUAUUCCAGCUGGUCAGUCUCAACCAAGAUACCCUGGCUGUUAUCAGCGAGGCACUAGGUAGGCCCCACGGCACCGUCAGUGCAGAAGCCAGGCAGGGAGGAGAGGACAACGUGGUGCUUCCUGCAGUGUUGAAGAGUCUGGGGCAGCUGGAUAGACCCGCUGACCAAUCUGUACCUCUCCUGAUGAGUGAGAAGUGUGUCCAGCGCCUCCUCCGCUGUACCGGUCAAGGGGGAGACUCCAAGGGGGAUCCGUCCAGGACUGUACAAGACAAGAAUGACAACCUGCCCACCUGUGUACAGACGAUCCACCAGCUUCUGAGAGAUGACCGACUCCAGCACCGCCACUUGACCAGUCUCCUCAUCAAGGAGGAUGUCCUUCCACCAGAAUUACUGUGGUGCCUUCAUUGUGAAGACAUCAUGGGACUUGCUACUUAUGUCUCCAGUAAAAUGACUGAACCCCAGUUUGUUAAGAAGUUCAGUUCAAACCUGUAUGAACUGUGUGAACACAAAAACUCAGAGAACACCAAAAGUGACCCAAAACGAAGACAAGCAGCAAUUUCUGGUAUAUUGAGCUUCCUGAUCAACUCAGGGUUUCCAGAAAAGAAGGACAAGGAAGUCGUGUUCAGGAAAGUUUCCGCAGCUGUACUGGAUGAUGUCAUCAGAGGCCUGGUAGAUAGGGAUGGAGAGGAGCAGCAGCUAGUGGCCUUUGUUGGGCUGACCUACAUCGAAGACUCACUGAACCAAGUCAGCUUCAAGAAGUUCUGUACCCACUCCCUCUCUCUCCUCAUGAGCCACAGACCCAGUUUGAAAGUUUCUCAAGCAUUUAAACAACAGACACAGUGGAAAUCUGCAAAAGUGUCAGAAAAGAUUUCAGAUCUUUACAAACAGCUGUUCCUGCCAUUUGAGUCGAGGGAGAUCAUGGAGGUCUUGCAGCGGAUCUUGGAGAGACAGGAAGUGAACUGGCAGACCGUGCUGUCCUUCAUCGCAACCUUCCUCGUGUGCUUCCCUGACGCACCCAAACUCUUGCAGGGUCAUAUCCACAGCCUGCUCUCGGACGGGUUGGAGAAUGCAGACAUGGAGAGCACGAUCAUCGCCUUCCUGCUGGCCAGACAGAGCUGUCUGGAGGGCCUCCAUGUCUUCCCACACUACCAGGACUGGUUCCAGCAAACAUUUGGUGAUGCAAACAGAAGCCCAGCUUCCUCCAAGAAAUCCUUCAGUUUCUUUAUGAAGUUCCUGACAAAUAUUGUCCCCUAUGAGUCUGCUCCACACCUCAAGGUGCAUAUUCUCAGGCCACCACACGUGCCCCCAAAAUGUCGGCCAUUCCUAGCUGAGUACAUCACGCUUGCCAAAACGAGGCUGACAGACCUGAAGGAAUCAUGUGAGAUCAGUGGAGGAAUAUAUGACAACAGUAUCGGCAUCACCACCACCACCAGCAGCAGCAAGGAGGUAGAUCCUGUGGAGGCUGACAUAGAGAGAUCCCUCACCGCCUUCCAGGCCACUGGCAAAGUACCAACCACUGUCAUGGAAGCUAGCAUCUUCAGGAAGCCCUACUUUGUUGGAAGGUAUCUGCGAUCACUGCUGAAACCCAGACAUCUGCCGGACAGACCAGACAUCCGGAUGAAGAUGAUCGCAUCACUGAGGAAGGCUGACAAGAUACCAGCCUCCAUGUACACCAAGUACCAGGAAGCCUGCCGCACAGAGUCAAGGCAACUGCUGGAAGGUGUGUUUGAUGCCGACAGUCAGGACGAUGUCAUGCAAGAUGCCAUGUUGGCGCCAUUGGAGCAGCUCCGCUUCCGGCUGCAGCAACUCCACAAUGCAGUGGUCAGCACGGAGGUACAAAACAAACCGACUGGACAGAGAGUGUCUGAGGUGAUAUCUGUGAUCAGUGACAAGCUUGAGGCCUUGUUGAAGACAGGGGGGAAUAUGAGGACAAACGAGGCCCCAGCUGGUGUGACCAUCAACCCCGACAAGCCGGACAUUGCCCCUCUCCACCUUCAGAUUGUGGAUUGUUUACUGAACGCUAUUUGUGGUACUGUGACGGCUGACCUGGGUUCUCGAUGCCCAGUGAUGACAUGGCUGCCGGAGCUGGUCAAGAUGGCCUCCCAGCACAGCACCUUACAUGCACCGGUCAUACAGCGGGUGGCCUUGCUGCUGCUGAAAGGGGGUUCAACCCUCAACCAUCAACACAUGACAGGGUUGUCUGCCCUUGUGUGUCACCUCUCCAGUCUGCAGCAUCUGUUUGGUCCAGUCACCGCCCACAACUGUCACCAGCAGGGAGAUAACUCUGGCAGGCUUGUCGAUGUCCUCGUCCAUCAUUUCCCUAUGAGAACAGGGGACCAACUUCUCUCAACACUGCAGUUCUGCACCAACUAUCUGGAGUACUCAUUUCUCGGGUUUAAAAAAUCUGACACCAAGUCAUCCGAAGAAGAGUCUACAGCUGUGAUUCCAAAUGAACUUGUUAAAAUGUUCUGCCUCCUGUGUUGGCGCCUCCUGCCAUCCACACGGACCAUGGUGACCUCAGAUUCCCAGCAUGCAUCUGCCUACACAGUGUUCAGCUCGGACAAGUACCAACAGCUGCUGGGCCAUUCACAGGUGUCAUUGGAGGACUGGGUCAGAAGGGAACUGGAUGUGAAUCCAGACCAGGAUUGUCUCCCCUACUCUCUGAGACAGGACUACUUCAGCUGGGCGGUGUACGGACAUUUUCUGGCUUCAACGGACGGACACACAGAUGUGGCAACUGUCUGCUCAGUUCUGCUUGACGCUCUCGUCAACAAGCACAAACAGGCUGUGUGCAUGUUGGACAAGCCACAGUGUGGGAGAUGUACAGGGGGAGACAACUCCAGCAGGGAUAGCUCACCAGAGAUCCUCUCACUUCUCCAGAUGCUGGUACAACACCUCCCUCCAUGCUCACAGCCCUGGCUGGUCAGCCAUCUUGAUUCAGUCACAGGAAGUGGAGAGGAUGCUGGGAAGGUUUCAUGUCAAACAGCAGUCAUUUCUUUUACCAGGUUGGUGGGUCAGCUGCCAGCCUACCUGUGGGUGGUGAACACUCUCACAGACACACCCACCUCCCAACAUGUCGCAGCAUUCGUCAACACCCUGGAGCAAAGCCUGGCCCUGUAUGUUAGUGAGAGCAGUUACCUCCCCUGCCCGCUUACACUUCACAUCACACAAUGUGUCCUCACCCUGAAGUCCUGUGGUGCUGAAGACGGACUUCUCCACAACCUCAUUCUACAUCCUCUACUUGCCAUCUCAAUACUGGUCCACUGGACAACCAUCAAGUCUGUGCUUCAUGCGAGCGGAGUGAAGGGAGACAACUUCCUCUUUGCUACCUACUUCAACACCAUGGCCUGGGCAGAAAAAUGUAUUGAGGCGCAGACCUUCUGCCCCUGUGUCCCUCCACCCUGGCUGUGUGGGGCUGCUCUCUUCUCACUGGGGCUGCGUCAUCAUGGUAACAUGCACGCUGUGACUGGUCUGCUGUCCCAGUCCUGUGUGGACCAAGAGGUGCUGGCUGCCUACUGUGAAUUGAGUCUGCUGUCCCUGGCUGCCGCAUAUACACACACUGAGCUGGAGAAACAGUACCUCACUGAUGUCCGGAUGUCACUGACAAGCAUCAUCGCCACACACCAUCAUGUCCUGGUUGCUCUUGCUGACAAGGAUCUGCUGGAAACAAGAGUUGCCUCCCAUAGUGCAAGGACAUUCAGGAAGACUGCAUUAGUACAAUGUGUGGCUGAGAUGAAGCUUAGUGAUGCGUGUCACACGUUUGGGGCGUCUCCCUCAACUCUGACCAGUGUGAUGCACACCUACAGCCAGGUGUGUCGGCAAUUUGAGGACACUGUCAGGAAUCAGAGCAUUUCUCUGCUCCAGUUGUCAAAGUGUGCACAGUUUCUGAAGAAUGUGCUCAACAGCGUCAGUCUGGAGAGUCUACAGUCAGUUGAUCAGAAUGAAUUGUCAUCUGCUGGCCCCGACUUCCAGCAUCUUGUCUUGUCUCGACUGGCGGCAGGGAGGUAAUGAAUAGAAAACACCAGGCAAGGAGUUGUCCAUUGGCAUCCAGAGAACUAGGUCUGACUUUCACGGUCUUGUCUUGUCCCAAUGGAGGGCAGGAAGUGUCCAUCGGUAUCUGGAGAACUAGGUCUGACUUCCACCAUCUUGUCUUGUCCUGACCGACGACGACAGGUAGUGAUAGAUCACACCAUGCAAGGUGUCCAUCCAUAACUCGAGAACUAGGUCUGACUUCCACCAUCUUGUCUUGUCCUGACCGAUGACAGGCAGGUAGUGAUAGAUCACACCAUGCAAGGUGUCCAUCGGUAUCUGGAGAACUAGGUCUGACUUCCACCAUCUUGUCUUGUCCUGACCGAUGACUGGCAGGUAGUGAUAGAUCACACCAUGCAGGGAAGUGUCCAUCGGUAUCUGGAGAUCUAGGUCUGACUUCCACAAUCUUGUCUUGUCCUGACUGAUGACAGGCAUGUAGUGAAUAGAUCACACCAUGCAGGGAAGUGUCCAUCGGUAUCUGGAGAUCUAGGUCUGACUUCCACCAUCUUGUCUUGUCCUGACUGAUGACAGGCAGGUAGUGAAUAGAUCAUCCAUGCAAAGUGUCCAUCGGUAUACAACAGCCGAUCUGUACAGGUCAUGAGUUUGUUCAUCUUGUGUGAACGGUAAGUCAAGAACCUGGAAGGAGAGAUGAAUCUGCUGAUGAAGAGAAGUGUCCGUUUAUUUUAAUCAAAAUAUUCAUUAAACACAAUUAUACUCUUCUGCAAACACAAGAUUAAUCCUGUUCAAUCUUGCAAAUACUGGUUGUUAAAAUAAGAAAGAGGACUUCCUGAUUUCAACAUGUUGACUUAUGAUCUGGUUGGUAAUGCUGUGUGUACGUGAAUGUAAUACCUGAAUCCCUGCUUAAUCAGGACUCAACACUAAAGUUCCCAGUUAACAAACAAUGGGAAUGGAGUAAUGCAUUGGUAUCAACAUAGAAGCUCCAAUGGUAAUCUUCUAAUAGCAUGGUUUCAAAGAAAAGAUUUGAUAAAUCCUGUCUCAAUGUUAUAUCUCCAUUUUAUCUCCAAAGUUGAAGACCGAAUCUGUCACUCACUACAUCAACAGACCUCCCUUACUGAACUGUUAUUUAGGGCUAAAAAAGUGAAACUCUUGACAGAUGUUAAAGGUGAGGCCACCCACUUACACCCAGUCACUGCCCCAGGUGUAGUAUCAUUAUCAUCAGGAAUACCUCAUGCUAUCUCAUCCUGCCAGGGUUGUUAUUGAAUUGGAUGUCAUGAGUGUAUAUUCUGUGUAAACAGCUGGCUGCUUCUGGAGCAGAGUGUAUUGCUGUCACUUCAAAUAUACUGAUGGAAAUAAGAAAGGGAACGGAACAAAGAUUGACUUUACUGCAGUGUGCAGUCAAAUGCUCCUCAUCAAAUCACUAUGGUUGAGAUAUUGUUGAUGAGAUCCUAAACUUUACCUCAUUGAAGUCAUCCUUAAUUUGUUUUUCCUGUAUAUUUCUCUGUCAGUGUGGGGAUUCAGAUUAGAAUAGAUUGGCAGCAACCUAUGCUAGUAGGUCCCCAGGAAUCUAUGCUGGUCAUAAGAAGCGAUUAAUAAAUGAGGUGGUCUGACUCGGUGACUUGGUUGAUAGUGUUUCCUUGUACUCCAACGAUGUUGAUCGUUGCUCACAGUAUUGAUCUCUGAAUUGUCUGGUCAAGACUCAAUUAUCUACAGUUUGCCAUCAUAUAGCUGGAAUAUUGCUGAGUUCAGUGUUAAACAAAACCCAAACAAAUUUG